AUGGUAGCCGACGAUGCAUCAAAUAAGUCGCCGCUCGUUUCAUUGAUUGCGGGAGGUGCAGCUGGAGGUGUGGAAGCAACCAUCACAUAUCCUUUUGAGUUCGCAAAGACCCGAGUCCAACUCCACGACACUUCGCCGACCCGCAACCCCUUCGCCGUCAUCAAAUCGGUGAUCGAAAAAGAGGGCCCGCGCUCUUUGUAUAAAGGCUGCUCGACACUCGUGGCGGGCACUAUCCUCAAGGACGGCAUCCGCUUCAUUUCCUUUGACACGAUAAAAGCCCAGUUCAAAGACCCAGAGACCGGCACCUUGAGUCCGUUCCGGAAUCUCCUCGCCGGGAUAAGUGCCGGUAUUGUGGCCAGCACGUUUGCUGUAACGCCGACGGAACGGAUUAAGACUGCCCUGAUCGACGACGCGCGUAGUGAGAGGAGGUUCAAGGGCCCUGUGAACGCGACGAUGACGUUGAUCAAGGAGGAUGGGCUCGUACGAGCACUGUAUCGUGGAUACGUGACCACCACGCUGAAGCAAGCAUCUACAACGGCCGUUCGUCUAGGCACAUACAACAUCCUCAAAGAUUUCGAGCGCCUACGGAACAUCCCUCAGACGACGGCGAUGAAUUUCGCAAAUGGUGCUGUGGCGGGUACGGUCGUUGUCUUCGCAACUCAACCUUUCGACACGCUGAAGACCAGAGCUCAGAGCGUCAAGGGCCAAGGAGUGGUUGAGGCUUGGACGGGUGUUCUUCAAGACUAUGGUGUCAAGGGUCUGUGGAGGGGAAGUACCAUGCGGCUUGGACGGACUGUGCUUGCAGGUGGCAUUCUGUUCACCACCUACGAAUGGAUUGCGGCGUUGAUUCAGCCGGUGCUUGAAAAGGCGAAGGUCGUGCCUGCCGCAGCGAGAGAUUGA